CGGGAGGGAGGGAAGGGGGAGAGAGAACGGGAAAGAGUGGUUGGUGGUUGUGCCGCGGUGCGGUGUGUGUGUGCGUGUCGCUGCGCCUGGAGCCGCCUCGUCUACCAGUAACUACUGCCUUCAGCUGGUGCCGCCACGCCUGAAGAGAGAGCCGGGAGCCGAGGCUCGAGCUGAGAAGCACACACCAUGUCUUCUGUUGAUUCGUCAAAGGAAGACACUAUGUCUUCAGAAAAAACAGAUGAGAAACAACCUGAAACUGAAAACAAAGCUGAAGAAAGUGAUGAAGAUGAAGAAGAGGAAGAGGAGGAGGARGAAGAAGAAAAGGAAAAGAGUCUCAUUGUUGAAGGAAAAAGGGAGAAGAAGAAGGUAGACCGACUGACCAUGCAAGUGUCCUCACUGCAGAAGGAACCUUUUACAAUUACACCAGGAAAAGGACAAAAACUCUGUGAAAUUGAGAGGAUACAAUUCUUUCUGAGUAAAAAGAAGACAGAUGAACUGAGGAACCUGCACAAACUCCUCUACAACAGGCCAGGCACUGUUGCAUCCCUAAAGAAGAAUGUGGGUCAGUUCAGUGGGUUUCCAUUUGAAAAAGGAAGUGACCAAUACAAAAAGAAGGAAGAAAUGUUAAAAAAAUUUAGAAAUGCAAUGCUGAAAAGUAUCUGUGAAGUUCUUGACUUGGAAAGAUCAGGAGUUAAUAGUGAGCUCGUAACUAGAAUAUUAAACUUCUUAAUGCACCCAAAAUCUUCGGGCAAGCCAUUGCCAAAGUCCAAAAAACCACAAAGCAAAGGUGGCAAAAAAGAGCGCAGUAGCUCUGGAACAACAAGAAAAGCAAAACGCACCAAGUGCCCUGAGAUCUUGUCAGAUGAAUCCAGUAGUGAAGAAGAUGAAAAAAAGGAAAAGGAUGAGUCUUCAGAAGAAAAAGAAAGCGAAGAUGAGCCCCCUAGAAAAGCAUCUAAAAGAGAAAAAUCUAAAAAGAUGACUGCUAAAACCAAGAAAGCUGUGAARGGUGCAAAUGUCAAGAAGGCAGACAGCAGCACUACUAAGAAAAAUCAGAACAGUUCUAGAAAAGAAAGUGAGUCUGAGGAUAGUUCAGAUGAUGAGCCGUUAAUUAAAAAACUAAAGAAACCACCCACAGAUGAAGAGCUGAAGGAAACUGUCAAGAAUUUGUUGGCMAAUGCAAACUUGGAGGAGGUUACAAUGAAACAAAUUUGCAAGGAGGUGUAUGAAAAAUACCCAAGUUAUGAUUUAUCUGACAGAAAAGACUUCAUUAAAAAAACAGUCAAAGAGUUGAUUUCAUGAUCUGAUUUGACUGUGGGAAAUGAAGAUGCCUGGUUUUAAGUUUCCAUGGAUUUGAAGAUCUGAUAGGCACCAGCAAAAGGAAGGAAUGUGUCUUACCCUUGUGGUAUUUAGUCAGAGCUAAUUCUGCUGAUCUAAUGUUAAGUGUGUUGAUGUAAAUUGCUUUGUAUUUUUUUUAACAGAACUGCAUUUGAUGCAAUAUUUAGUUGAACAUACUUAAAUUUCAUGCAUGGCAAUAAAUGUUCCCUUUUUAUAGUUUUGUACAUUUUGAAUUGCAUUGUAUAACUAGAUUCAUUAGAGCCAUCAUUGCUUUUUAGUGUGGAUUACCAGAGUGCAGGAGAUUUUAAAAUGGACUAAGAUGAAAGCUGCUUAUCUACACAUAUACAUGCAGGGACUGGAAUAUUGCAGUAUUGGUUACAAAGAUAUUUUGAAUACAUAUUCAUUCUGAAAAUAAUUAAAGUUAGUCACAYGUUAAUCUCUUUUUAUAUUCUGAUACAUUCUACAGAUGCAGAAUUAUUCUGAAUCUAGAUUACAGAUUUGCAUGUGUAGGCACUGAAAGAGCUAUCACAGCAUGGUAACUAAUUGGCAUAUAGAUGUUAUUUUUGUACUUCUGAAAGGCUUUUUGUGUGUAUAUAAAGUUAUUUCAAAUUUCUUUUGUGCAAAACAGUUUUUUAAUCUUGGCAUCUUUGAAUUUAUGACAUGAAAUGUCAGCAUGAGGCAGUGAUAGAAAGUGGCGUGCAAAAGUUUCAUGAAAACAUGCUGAGGUUUCAUCAUUUUUGUCUCGUCUGACCUUGUACAGAAACUAAACUGUAGGUUUAAACCUGUAGUUUAACUUUAUACAAAGACUGCAGAUGUUGUUUCAAUGUCUUGGAUGUAGUAAAUAAAAUCUUUCCAAAGGCAAUAGGAAAACUUACAAAGUUCUAAAGAUCUUUUAUGUUAGUGUCUUGAUGUGAUGGCUUAGCGUCUCAGAAGUGGGUAUCCAAGAUGUACAGCUGAAAAGCUUGGUAGUUUUGGAAAUCCACAGUGGGGCUUCCAAAUCAGGCAGCACUGAAGUGUACAUGCGUUUUAAACCUCUCUUCUGUGUGGAAAGGCUUUUCUGAACCUGAGCUUCAUUGCCUCAACAUGGACAAUGGUACUUGUAAGCCUGCAGUCUUGAACUUUGGCUGGCAGCUUUUAGGAUCAAAGCGAACUCUUUGUGUAAGUUUUUAUUGUGUAGGUUUUCUCUUUUCCGUGCACCUUGUUGCUAACAUGGGAAGCCUACACUUAAAAUCAUGAAACCAACAGCUGCCGAAGUGUGGGCUGCCAUUAACACCAUGAGCACAGAAUCCCUCUGACUAGUAUUGCUGAAAGACAAAGUGUAUUUUUUUGAAUUUUAUUAUUGUACAGUUGAGAAGUAAGGGUUCAUAAAUUAUCUAAAUUCCGAAAAUGUUCAGCCAGUUAGACUGCUUGGAAUUUCUUUGCGUGUAAUCAUUUAUAAUAAGGCUGAAUGUAAUGGGGAUUUUUUGUAUUCAAUAAAUGUCUCUCACAAAAAUGUAAA